ACUAAACCGAAAGUUUUACGCAGCUACGAUGAAAGAGGGGACGGAUAUUCUGGAUCAUGUGACGUACAUGACCUCGUUGGCUGAACAGUUGCAAGAGUUAAAAGAAGAAAUUUCUGAUCAAAAAUUUGCUACAGUCGUACUUAGAAGUCUUCCAGAAUCAUACGAUAAUUUUAUAUCUAGUUUAAACGCAAGGACAGUCGAAGAAUUGAAAUGGGACAAUAUCAAAGGCGUGUUAAUGAAAGAGUACAUGAAAUGGAAAGAGAAACAAGGUCAUGGUCAUGACCAAGAUUCCAGUCGAAACGAAGCAUUUUUCAAGUAG